UCAAUGGUUCACCAGUAGGAAUACUGUCCAAUCGGAUCGGUCCUUACCUGGAACCGGCUCCAAGUUCAUCAGAAGGAGUGACGUUCGUUUAAACCAAUCAGAAAAGUUUCGGUCUGGGAACUGUGCCAAUCCUACCGGGAGUAAGGUGUUGGGUGGGGUUGCACCUGGCUACGGUGAGUCACUCAGGAUCCGAGGCAGCUCUCUUUACCAAUCAAGCGAUAGUGGGGCGGAGCGCCAACCAAUCGGGAGUGGCGGGAAGCGAGGGGCGGGAUCCCACCUGGUGGCCGUGGUUCAGCCUGGGCGCGGCGGUUGGGGAAGAGACACUCUUGGGCUUCUGGGCAGCUUGGUGAGCGGCGCGGAUCUGGAGAUCGGCAUCGGGAUCACGCUCGGGAUGGCGGAUCGGGCCGGUCUGAGGCACCUUCUCCUUUUUCUCUCAGCGGCGUCUCUCUGUUGUCUAGCGUCAGGCGGUGGCAGCGUCUCUACUUCUCAAGAUCAUGUUAAAGUAGACGAGAAUCAACCUGUCACGCUGUCCUGCUACUUUUCGGGCUUCUACUCACCCCGAGUGGAGUGGAAGUUUGUUAAGGGAAGCACGACCAGCCUGGUUUGCUUUGACAACAAGAUUACUGGUCCCUACCAAGACCGGGUGGAAUUCUCCCAGACUGGUAUUCAUUUCCGUACCGUGACCCGAAAGGACACAGGGACAUAUACAUGUAUGGUCACUGAUGGAACCAACUAUGGGGAGAUCGCCGUGCAGCUCACUGUAUUAGUGCCACCAUCAAAGCCCAAUGUCAAUAUCCCAUCUUCAGCUACCAUUGGGCAUCGAGUUAUUCUGACCUGCUCGGAGGGAGAAGGUUCUCCACCCCCUGAUUAUCAGUGGUACAAGGAUGGGGCUCUGAUGCCUCUGGACCCCAAGAAGAACCGUGCCUUCAGCAAUUCUUCCUAUACUAUAAACUCUAAGACAGGGGAACUGGUGUUCGACCCUCUGACAGCUUUUGAUUCAGGGGAAUAUUCCUGCCAAGUUAAUAAUGGGGUUGGAACUGCCAUGCGUUCAGAAGCUAUACGCAUGGAAGCUGCGGAACUGAAUGUAGGGGGCAUUGUGGCAGCCGUUUUUGUGACACUUAUCCUCCUUGGGCUCCUGGUUUUUGGUGUCUGGUUUGCCUACACUCGAGGAUAUUUCAACAGAACAAGUAAAGGGAGCGCCACUAAGAAAGUAAUCUAUAGCCAGCCCUCUGCCCGAAGCGAUGGAGAAUUCCGACAGACAUCAUCAUUUUUGGUGUGACUCCAACCUAUCUCCUCUCCUGUCUUCUGAGUUCAUCCUUCAUGGAUUCUACCGGACUCUGACCUCCUGAUGUUAAGAAUUUCGCGGGAUUCCUUACUUAUUUUUUUAGACUGUUCCUUCUUAGGAUUUUUUUUUUAUGACUCUUCAGCGAGGCCUUUUGUCUGUGCUUAUGAGUGAAGUGGAACAAUAUUACCCUUCUCUUCUUCCAUCACUGAUGGACUUGCCUGAACCAUGUUUCUGGUUUCUAAUAAACAGUCUUUCAUUUGCCUAGCACUGCCCAGGGCGGGCAGUGGCCUCUGGAGUUGUCACCCACUUUAGCAAGUCCCUUAAAUUCUCUUACUUAGUGUUAAGUAGGGGUGCUUAAGUUUUUGAUUAAUUAAUUUAAAAGUUGCUGAUUGAUAGACAAAGGGAGUUUGAUUCACUCUUCACAACAAUCAGGCAGACUGAGGGCUGCCUGUCCGGAUACCCCUACCCGUCCUCAGCUCCCUACCUGCAGGAGUGGCCAAGCUCCCAGGAAUGAAUAGCUUCCUUUGUAUAUUCUGAACUUUAACCCUAACUUGGGGUGUUAUAAUAACGUUUGGACUCCCUCAGGACUGAGGAGAAGCUGGGGCCUGAGGCCAGAACAGUGUUUCUCAGAUAGGGUCACAGAGAUUGGAGCUGUGGACUCUGAACAGUGAAAAACCUCUUUGGUUUCUGGGCCCUCCUUUCAAGAGAUGCUUCUAGAAAAUCACCCAGCCUUUGGAACACUGGGCAGUUUGGCCACUUCUGCAAGACCGUCCGGAUCUCUUUGGUGAAGGUGGCUCCAGGGCCACGAGAGCUCUCAAGGAAAAAGCACAGGAUGACAAUAUUUAACACCCACUGAUUGACACUAAGUAGAGACUGGAGGCUCAAAGCAUUAGCCUUUCAUUGCCUGAGAUAGAUAGGCUUGCCUUUGCAGAAAGGUGUGUGCUUGGGAAGCCUCAGCUCCCUGAUGAGUUGCAGGGUGUAUGCGUAUGAACGUUUUGUGUAUGAACGCCAUGUGAAAUAAAAAUUAUUGUUUUGUCUAAA